AUGAAACCUAAAGUCUUGUUUUUGGGAGACUUGAAUAGAUCAUUGCCCGAGUUUAAGGAAUUUGAAUCUAAUUUUGAGUGCAUUGACUACACAUUAACAACCGUAGAAAAAUUAAUUGAGGACUUCAAGACUCGAUUCUCUACUAUUGAAGCAAUAUAUGGAGCUUGGUUAGGUUUAUCCUUCUUGGGUGGUUUUAGGAACGAGAUUUUGGAGAAUGCACCAAAGUCUCUAAAAGUCAUAGCUGUUUGCUCUGUUGGAUUCGAUAGUUAUGAUGGUGAGGGCAUGGCAAAGAAGGAUAUAAUUUUGACCAAUGUUCCUAGCCUAGGAGCUUCCGAACCUGUUGCAGACCUAGUUUUGUACAAUACCAUUGCAAGCUUCAGAAAUUUCAAGUUUGAUCAAUCCAAUUUUACACCUGAUCACAAUCAUACUGUCCAUUUGAGGAAGAUGUUGGAUUCCAACCAGUUUGACCUGACCCUGGGUAAGAUUGUCUUGGGAGAUCCAAGUGGAUACUCUUUUGGAGAAAAAAAAGGAGGAAGGUUUGCCCUUUCACCAAAGGGGCACAAUGCACUCAUAGUGGGAUUUGGUAGUAUUGGACAAAAAAUCGGGCAGAGAUUAUCACAAAUUGGAAUGAAUAUCCACUACGUAAAAAGAUCUAAAUUAAGUGAAAAAGAAGAAAAUAAAUUAGGCUACGAAAUCGUUUAUCACAAAAGUAUUAUUGAUGCAAAGAAAAUUGCUGAUUUGAUAGUAAUCGCGUGUCCUGGUACUCCAGAAACAAAACACCUAAUCAAUAGGUCCCUAAUUGAUUCCAUGUCAAAACCAUUCAGAAUAAUAAAUAUUGGUAGAGGAUCCAUAGUUGAUGAAAAAGCACUAGUAGAGGGUCUAAAAACUGGUAAAAUCCUCUUUGCAGGCUUAGAUGUAUUUGAAGACGAGCCCAAAGUUAAUCCCGAAUUAUUUAAUAGAGACGACGUUAUAUUGACACCUCACAUUGGUGCUUCGACUGUCGAAAACUUUGACUUCACCGCUAUCUAUGCUAUGAAAAACAUUGAAAACAUUUUGUUGCAUCAGCAGAAUGGCUUGAGUAGAGUGAAUUAG